ACUCAAGGCUCCUUCUCGGCCUACUAAAGUCUCAAUUUUAGUCUCGUGCGGUGAAACGCCCAAGGGUAAUCAAUGGAAUCUUCGUCCAGGUUUAUUAGGCCGAGGCCUCCAUCCCCACACCACCACCACCACCACCACCACUUCUUCUGUCACCGCCACCGCCACCGCCACCGCCACUACCAGCAGUGCCACCACUAUUUCUGCAUUCCACACAAACAACACCAUCACUUCUGCCCUCUACACAACCCCUACCAUCACCAUCACUAUGAUUGCCAUGCCGUUGUAAGAGGCCCAGAACUUAUCGGUUCGUAUCCAUUGCAAAACGACUUCAACUUGCUGGCUGAUGUGCGCGAAGAAACUUCUGCCUCCAUCACCCAGGUGUUGCAAGAGCCAGGGCAUAAUGCAUUAGAAGAGGAAGAGGAAGAGGAAGAGGAGGAUCCAAUUUUUGUUCUAACAGAUGAAUGGAGGGAGUUCUUUGCCAAAUCUGAAGCUAAGAGAAAAUUAGAGAAACAGCAGGCAAAGAAAAAAAGACAAACACUAAUGGGAAAAGCUGGGCAUGCUCAAGCAUGACUAUGGGAAGUACUGGAUUCAGUAAGAAGCCUCCGGGGGCGUCUCUACGCAAAUUCAACUUAUAAGUCCGCUUGAUUUUAUGAACAGUUUUUACUUGAUUUAGGGCCAACACAUUUUGAACUUAUUGUUGAUUUCUUCACAAUUCAUUUUGUAUCAAUAAAAUCGUUUAAUUCUUAUUCUA